CCCCCCCCCCUUGUGGUGUAGAAGAUGGGGGCAGGAAGGUGGCAAGCUAUCUACACCACAUUCUCGUCGAGGUUGCCUAUUGUUGUGGCUAGGAGUGUGGCAAGCAAGAUGGCCGAGAACAAGCUGGUUUUCGAGGCUCCUGAGAAGAACAAGGACCCCAUUGCAGCUGUUCUUGAUGACGUCCUGCCAGAGAAAUUUGGGGCUGACGCGUCCCUGAAGGCCCUGGAGGUGGCUUCAGGGACUGGCCAGCAUGUAGUCCACUUAGCCCAGCGGUUUCCUAAGGUGUCGUGGCAGCCAUCGGAAGUGGAGGAAAAGUACACUGCCAGUAUUAAGGCUUAUGUGGAGGAGAGUGGAGUGGGAAAUGUUCUGGAGCCUUUGCUUAUUGAUGUUUGCAAGCCUGUGAGUGAGUGGCCAGGGAAGUUCUCGGCAGCGUCCCUUGAUGUGAUCGUGAACAUCAACAUGGUGCACAUCAGCCCCUGGCCCUGCACCGAGGCUCUCUUCAAGGCAGCCGGCCACCUCCUCAAGGCCAAGGGCAUCAUGGUCACCUACGGCCCCUACGCCAUCCAUGGGGAGAUCACGCCGGAGAGUAAUGUCGCCUUCAAUCAGUCACUUAAGAGCCAGAAUGCCGAGUGGGGGCUACGCGACAUAGACGACCUUGAAAAAGAGGCCAAGAAGAACGGGAUGACCUUUGAUGCCAUGUUUAAUAUGCCAGCCAACAACAAGAUCCUGGUGUGGCAGAAGGCUGAGAACGAGAGUGAGUAAGGUCAGGUCAUAAGGUCACAGGGUCAGGAGGUUGUUUGGAAGUUCAUCUGUUCCUCGUCCUUCUCCGCAGUGGCUCCGUUCACCAAAGAAAUGUAGCUUAGCACUUUUUUUGUCUCAUUUUAGCACCUAGCACCAGGUUUAGGGUUAAGGAUCGGAUCAGGUGAAGAAAAUGAAGUUUGGAUUCAGUGUUUUUAGUUUGUGAGAAGAGAAAAGUGUUGAAAAAGUUAUAUUUGAGAAGAGAAAAGCAUUAAAAAGUAAGGUUUCAUUCAAUAUUUUUUGGUACAUAUGAAGAGAAGAGCAUUGAAAGGUGAGAUUUGCUUCAAUAUUUAAUCAUAUGAGAAGAGAAAAAGCUUUGAAAAGAGAGAUUUGGUUGAAUAUUUCAGUAUGUGAGAAGAGAAAACUGCUAAAAAAGUGAGAAAAGUAAAUUUGUUUCAUAUUUCACUGGUCAAAUCAUGUUGUAAGAAAAGGACACCAUUAAAAGUGUGAUUUGUUUAAUUUUUCAAUACUAAUCUAAUCUUGUCAUAAAAAAAGGAAAAACAUCAAGUAGCAGAAGAUUUUGUUAUUAUUUCAGUGAUCUAAUUUAACAUCAUAAAGAAAAAGAAAUUAAGAAACAGGAGAUAUAAAAAUAUGAAAAAAAAACUGGAAAUUCAGUCAACAUUUCAUCUUAUCAAAAGGAAAAUGCAUUAAGAAACAGGAUUUUAAUAUUGAAAAAACAAAAGAUUCCAGCACCCUAUAAAA